AUGAUACUUGUUGUUUGGAUCGGUGUUGUUAUCAUCAUAUGGCUUCUGUUCAAAAUUUUUAAUUCAACGGAUGUUCCAAAAAUUAAUGGUCUUCCAGAAGCUUCAGGUUGGCCUAUUUUUGGAAGUUUAUUUGAAUUAGGAGAUAAUCAUUCUCUUGCUCUAUUGAAAUUGGCUAAAAGGCUUGGUCUUGUCUUUCAAAUUCGUAUGGGAAAUAAACGCAUUGUUGUUGCAAAUUCAUACGACUCUAUUAGAGAAUUAUGGAUCAGAAAUCAAUCUUUAUUGAUUAGUCGACCAAUGUUAUAUACAUUUCACACUGUUGUUAGUAGUAGUCAAGGUUUUACAAUUGGAACAUCUCCUUGGGAUGAAUCAUGUAAACGACGUCGUAAAGCAGCUGCAACAGCGUUGAAUAAACCUGCUGUGCAAUCGUACAUGCCAAUUAUUGAUGCCGAAUCAUAUUCUGCAAUCAAUGAAAUUUUAAAAGAAUGUGAAGAUGGACAACUAGAUAUUGAUGUCAUUCCUCAUCUUCAACGAUUUGCUCUUAAUACAUCACUUAUGCUUAAUUAUGGUACACGUUUUUCUUCAUCAUUUGAUAAACUGCUAAAAGAAAUUGUUGAAGUUGAAGCAGCAAUUUCACGAUUUCGAUCUACAUCGGAUAAUUGGCAAGAUUAUGUUCCACUUCUUCGACUUUUUUCUGCUAAGUCUAAUCAAGCUGAUUCUUAUCGACUCCGUCGUGAUCACUAUCUUGAAAUUCUCUUAGACGGUUUAAAGAAAGAUAUUGCUAAUGGUACAGAAAAACCAUGUAUCACCGGUAAUAUUCUGAAAGAUCCUUCAGCCAAAUUGAAUGACAUUGAAAUUAAAAGUAUCUGUUUAACAAUGGUGAGUGCUGGCCUGGACACAGUUCCUGCAAAUAUUAUUUUUGGUAUAAGUUAUCUCUCAUCAGCACAUGGCCAAGAAAUUCAAGAACGUGCAUAUCAAGAAAUUCAAGAUGUUUAUCCUGAUGGUGAUGCAUGGGAAAAGUGUUUAGUCGAAGAACGAGUUCCAUAUGUAACUGCUCUUUACAAAGAAAUUCUUCGUUAUUACACAGUUAUUCCAAUGAGUCUUCCUCGACGAAGUAUCAGUGAUAUUAGUUAUAAUGGAGUGAUUAUUCCUGCUGGAACAUUAUUUUAUAUGAAUGCAUUUGCUGGUGAUUAUGAUGAAAAUCAUUUUAUAGAUCCUUAUACUUUCAAUCCUGAACGAUAUUUAGGUGAUGUUGAUGGUACACCGCAUUUUGCUUAUGGAGCUGGAAGUAGAAUGUGUGCUGGGUCUCAUCUGGCCAAUCGAGAACUUUUUACAUUCUUUAUUCGACUUAUUUCAGCAUUUCGAAUUCUUGAACCUAAUGAUUCAAAAUACGCUGCCAUAGUAGAUGCAAUGGAAGCCACCAAAUGUCAUACAAGUCUUGUUGCAGAACCGAAGUCGUUUAAAUGUCGUUUUGAACCAAGAAAUAGAAAACUGCUCGAAUCAUGGUUAGAAACAAGUAGACAACGAGCAGAGAAUGAUGAAUAUUCAAUAAGAGACUAA